CAGUUCGGAGACGUCAUGAUCCAGCACUCAAGCGCUUGUGUAGAAAAACUCGUGAAAUAGUUAUACGUGGCUAAACUCGACACAUGUAUGUAGUUUCUGUGGAGCUGCCGCGGGUUGACUCUCUUUCUCUGUCUGUGUGUGUGUCUCUCUCUCCCUCUCUGUUGCUCGCUCUCAAACACACGUACACAAACCCUGGAGAAUGGGGCUGGCGUUGUGAGCUAGCACAGAAGCUAGCAGCUAGCUCCAGAUCUGCUGCUCCGCGGCCUGAGUGAAGCAGCUCUUACAGUAUCACCGUCUGCACGAAGCUAAAGUUAAAGGCACAGACUGUGAGACAGUGAGAGGAGAAGCAGUGUUGCACAUUUUGCCCACAACAGCUGCAUUCAUACCGGAUGAAGGGCAAAUUUCCUGCAACUAUCCAGCUGGCUGUUAAAAAAAAUUCAGCUAGUAUGCCCCCUGCUGGACUUUUGUAACUGUGGUAGCCAUGGCUUCUUGCAAGAUAGACGAACAACACAGAGACACGAAGGAUUUAGCUACUGGAUCCAGAUCACUUUCGCAAUGUAGCCCAGAGGACAUCAUAGAGGAGCUUCAGUCGGAUGUGUUGAACGCCACGGUGAAAUCUCAGAAGUCAGGAAGAUUUAGGAGGACUGCCCUGACCUUUUUUGGAGUCCGUAAAAGUAUCUGUAUUUUGCCAAAUUUUUUUGGAGGGCGGAGUAAAAAUCAGACUAAGAAAGGAAUCACCAAAAGCAAAACCCAUGAUGGGUUAAGUAAAGUUAGUCAGGAUGACAGUCUUGGAGGGAGGCUGUGCUCAGCUGGAGACUGUGAGUACCACAGCCAGAGGGACUCCUCUGGAGAGGCAUACGCAUGCUCUCACAGUGAAUGUAGUCAACCCAGUACUGAGCAGAAAUCACUGACUCUGGGCCGGCAGAAGAAAGGUCUGAGGAGUCUUUUUCAAAGUUUUAGGCACCACAGAAACCAUCGAAAUUCUGGAACGCAUAAAAGUGAAAUGAUUGCAAUGUCCUCUCCCCACUGCAAGAAAGAGGUGCCUGUUAUCCAGGAUAACACCAAUGAGUAUGUCACAGAGUGCCUGGGACCUGAACCUGACGUGCCUUUAGCAGAUGCUAUAUGUAAUAUUUCCAUUGAUCCUGAAUGUGAUGCUGAUGCUGUGGCAUCAGAUAAGAGUGAUGAGCAAGAAUGUCCAAAGUCUGAGCCUGAUGAUCAAAUGCAGGAAAUUAAUUUAAUGGCUGUAGUGUCCAGUGAUUGUGAGAAGAUGUCCAGAGGACACAGUGAGCCUCACCUUAAAGUCCAGAUGAUGUCUGAACCUUUAUUGAAUUCCGAGGCACUGUCUGUCUCAUCAGAUCAGCUCAACCUGAUUUUUGGAGACGUUGCUUCAUUAAAGAGUUUUGACUCACUCACUGGAUGUGGGGACAUUAUUGCAGAUCAAGAAGACGACAGCAUCACAGAGAGCACAGUCUCUGGGGAAAGGAGCAGAAAUGGAGGAAAGAGGGCCUCCUGCUAUCUGACUUAUCAGGGUGGUGGUGAGGAAAUGGCCUCACCUGAAGAUGUUGGCAACGAGUGUCAUGAUGUGUGGGAAAAUAAUACUGUGGAAGAAAUCUGUUGCUCCUGCAGUCACAACCACACAGAUAUGACUGAAGAGCUGACAAGCUCCCACAAUAUGGACUUAAUGAACAGUAACAGUGCACAACAGGCCACUGGCAUGGACACGUCUUCAAUUACUGAUGCUUUGACUCCUCAAAGUGAGCAUCAAGAAUCAGUCCCAAACAGUGAUGAGGGCUACUAUGAUUCAACUACCCCAGGGCCAGAUGAAGGUCAGGAAAAAACGGACAGACUGCAGACAGACAGACUACCCCGGGACAGUUACAGCGGUGAUGCCCUCUAUGAACUUUUUGCAACAGAUGAGAGUCUCAUCAGUCCACAUUAUGAAAACACAUCAAAACUUCCUGGUUCCAAACAAUGCGAAUAUUUAACCGAGUUGGUUAAUGUGACCGAUUCUGCCUUUGUUCCAGAAAUGGAUCGGUUACAAAUAAGUGCAGAACUGUAUGAAGUUAAUGACCUUCGAGAGAGUAGUAACUCCUCAGAUUUGGCACAAAACCUGGGUGGUCGACAGGAAAUCAGCUUGAAUGCUGAAAGUAAUUUCAAUUCAAAACCAAAUUUUUCAAGCAACAAGAAUAAUGUAGAAUCAGGUGUGUUUGGUGAAAAGGGAAAUAUGCUUGCUUCCACGGAAAAGAGGACACCACUCUUUAAUUCUGACUGUGAAAAAAGCCACAGCAGCAUAACAUUCGGAAACGCAUCAGAACCUGAUUUUGAAACAUUUUGUGAACCCAAAGAGCAAGACCUUGAGGAAAACAAGCCUGUGGCAUUACCCUACAGAAAUAUCAGUCCUCAGUCUCCUGAUUGCAACGAUUUGGAUGAUGGGCAAACUGUUUGUUUCUCCCAAGCACUUGAGGACUAUACGAAACACUCUCAGAUGCUGAGCAACUUGCACAACAGUGUAGAUGAUUUGGGUACAAACUCCGCCUUCACUCCAAAUAUGGAGGCCUUACCUACCAUAGUUACAUUUGAUGUAGUAGAUAUGCAUAAUGAGGGUGAAUAUGAUGAACACAUUCACAUGGAACUGGAAGAGGACAUUUCAUCGCCCUAUCAGGAGUUUGAAGAAAGCUACCUACAAAAAGAUGCAUUUGCUGAAUUUGACUGUCAAAUGUUAGACCUGUACGAACAGAAUCUGGUCAGUAAUACGUGGGCAGUUGCUAGCCUCCCACGGCACCUUGGCCUAAGAGUCGGCCAGUCCAUGCCUAAUCCACUGUCUCUAGACCGGAGAAGUAGAUCUCUUGACACAGAGAGCCUUGAGCAGACCUUGUCUGACACGUACAGAGAGGAGAGAACUGAUACUGUUUCAUGUCCUCAAACUGAAAAUGACCCUGAAAGAGACUCCUCACCACAUUACAAAAAGAAUGUACAUGCGUCUGCAUCAGAAGUUAAAGACUCUAGCAGCAUGAUGUCCUUAUCAUGGCAACCAAGGUCAGACAUGUCUUUAAACCUUCCUUUGGCGAAGGGGGAAAUCACUGAAAAAUUACAGUGUGUUAGUCAAGCCCAUGUUAAACAUAAAAUAUAUUCAAAUCCAUCCAGCAUUGACUUCCCUCAUAGUAAAUUGCAACGUGUGUCAGAUAGAGUGUCCUGUGAUUUACAGAGUACAGAGCUUUACAAUAGACAGGGUGAACCUUUGCAAUCAGGUUCUUGUUUACCUCAUAGCACCUUUGUUUAUCCUAGAAUGGUAGAGGAGGGAUCAGAAGAAGUUACCACUAAUUUGCAGUCCUACAGCCCGUGUGGUAAAAGCAGACAAGUGGCAAACAGGGAAGGAUUAUGUCGCACUCGGAGUCUCUUAAAUACAAGUGUGUCAAAAGAUGAAAUGGCUGUCCCCGUUGAGACAAGGACAGCCAGGGAUGUUGUCUGCCCUUUGGCAUGCAACAAAAUCCCUGAAACAACCUUUAACUAAAAGGGGUAUUAAUCAUGACAUUAAAGUCAUUCUUCAGGCUUUUUGAAGUGUGGUUGCACAAGGUACUGACACAUUGUCUGCCCCCCCCCUGCACCAGGAACCAGCCUCAGACAUGGACACUCGCUGUCAGUGAAAACAUGGUUGCCAGCAGGGACAAAAGGAAAAACUGAUUUCAGCCACUUGCCUAAUAACUCACUGUUGGACAGAUUUAAUCAGCAGGCAAAUCAAGAUUCAUUUUAAUAAACUGCUCACUAGCCUGCACCAAAGUCUAUUGAGAAAAUCAUUGAUUUUACAUCACAGCACACAGGAGUUGUUGAUCAACAUCAGUUAGUUCAAAUGUGUUAUUUCUGGAUGUGUUAAAAAUCCUUUGUUAAGAUUUACCCAGGUGGCACAGUCUGACCAAACAAAGCAGCAGUAGACCAGCAGCCCCUGUGUCCCCAUGAGCUAAAAACACUGAUUUUCUCAAUAGGCUUUGGUACAGAGUCUGAGCUGUUUUCAAACGUCUGUUUCCAGGCAGAAAGGGCUCUCUAACAGAGAGAAAUAGUGGCAAACAUACUUACGAUAUUAAGUAUGUUUAAGUAUAUAUAAACCUGUGUCUCAAGCUUGUUCAUGGUGCAGGGGGAACUAUCUGACCUUAUACGACCACAUUUCCAACAAUUUAAUUAAAUAUUCCUUUAAGAUCACGUCUAUGUGCCAAUGAGUGCUUUAAUGUUACAUCCAGUGGAGUAACGUUGCUUCCUUUUACCUGUAAAACUUAUUCCAGGUUGUGAUAGAUACACUGUGAUAGAUGGGACACAAGUUCAAAUUUUAGACUAUUCUCUAAUCAUUUGUGCCAUCAUGCUGUACCAGCUCUGCUGUCCUGGGAGGUUGAAAGGGAUUGUAUUUAUUUGCACAGUAACAGUUGCUUGUGUCACACAGAUCGCGUACAUUUCAGUCCAUUGAAUGUAUUUAAGGCAGUAAUAGUUGAAAAUGUUCAUAGAUUUAUCUCAAGUGACUGAAUAUUGUUUUUGUUAAUCAUACUGUAUGUAGCCUCAGUCAUCCAGGUCUGGACAGUCUUGUCACACUUGGGUAUUUAUUAGCCCUGUUUCUAUAGCAAAGCCACUUGCCUCUAUACACAUGUACAGUGUGGCUGCUUUAAUUGCCAGAUUAUGUUGGUUUUACUCUUUUCUUUUUUUUUUUUUUCAUGACCUUUCUUUGCCCACGCUUAGGAAACGGAAAGAGAAGAAAAGAUGUCACGGUGGGAAAUGUCAGUUCAUACACAGGAAUAUCUUGAUCCAUUUCAGUGGACAUUUUUGCAUGGAAAAGUAAGAAAGAUCUAAGUGUUCUGAUAACAUUAAAGGGAUAAUUUAGGGUUAUGUGUGGUUGUAUCAGGUAAAUUGACACAAAGUCAGCCCUGUCCCUUAAAAUGGCCAGCAGAGACUUGAGUGAAACCAGCUUGUAGCCACUUAACAAAAGGCCCAUAUAUUAAAAUCUAUUCCUGCUUAACUAUGACAUUUGAGGACAUAUUUCCCACUUUAUGUCACUGUUAGACAACCUUUUCGGACUGAAAAUGUAUUAUUCUGUUUUUUAAACACACACUCCCUGCAUCUAAGUCCAUAGAGGAGUACACACUCCAUCUCAUCUCAUUCAGAUUUGACAAAGUCACACAAAUUUACCAGAUGAGGCAGCAGUACAGCAGCCCCUUUACAAAUUUGAAUUUUUACAGAAAAGGCUGUGUAACAGCAUAGAUUUUUGUUAAAUGGUUAAAAUCAGUUUUACCUUCGGUCCCUGCUGGCAGCCAUUUUUUUUGGUGAGAGUGAGCAUCACAUCCACGUCUUGCUUCCCAUUUGUAGUCGAAACUCGGAAUUUCCGGAACUCUGAUUUCCAACUCAGAAACUGAACAACCACACAUUCCUGUGCCAAGAUGGCUGCCACCACACAAAAACUGCUUAUUUUACCAUUAAUAGCACUUAUGUUGUUUUACAAUAAAUUAGUCGUACACAUAGUUGACUUCUUGACUGGAACACCGUGAACAUUCCGACUUUAAAGUGGAACGCAGCAUUAAGCUGGUUCCUGGCAGAGGGGCUACGUGCAAUGUAGUCAGUGUCUGCCAUGAAAAAAGGCAGAUGGAGAACAUGUCUUAAUGUCUUUAUGAGGUUUAUUUGUUAUGACAUUUGGCUCAAUCUCAAAAUGCCUGAUGGGAAAUCUACACGAAGUCUGUACUUUAGUGAUUAAUGUUUUUAGUAUUUCUUGUUUGUUCAGCACAUUUCAUAGGCAGGAUCUUUGUGAAUGAAAGUGCUUUAUCUAAGUCAGUGAAGAAACAUCUAUGGAACAACCAGAUUGAAAUACCUAUAAAAUGUUACCCAAAAAAAAUCAAAGGAGAAAAAUGUUAACUUUCAUAAUUAUUGUAUUUUUUCCUCGCUUGAUGAGCCAAUUUGGCCUUACUGUGGCUGCUGAAUUAUGAUUUUUUUUCUUUUAACUGUAAAGUGCUGAAUUCUUCACUCCAUUAAUAUGUUACUGUCAAGCUUACGGAGUGAGCAAUUUCAUUGAUUUUAUGAAAAGAUAAGCUUUUAUUUUCACAUUGUAUCAUUUUUUGUUAGGAAUAUACUGUUUGGUCAGAAGUUAAACCGUCACAAUGUAGUUUUCUUUAUGGUGUAGUAUUGAAAAUGUUAGUACAUGUAUUUAUAUUCUUAGCUACUUAUACACUGCAAUAAUGCAGUCAGAAUGGGUAUUACAAAUUGGUAAUGUUCUUUUUGAUUGUUACAUUACAGGAUUCUUAUUGAAAAUUUGUUACAGUUUUGUUGGAGUAGAACACUGCCUUACACUAAAAUAAAAAUGACAAGUCAUAGUUUCAGAA